AUGACCGACACAGGGGGAGCAAUGCUCUAUUCCGACCUUGAACUUGAUGAACAGGAAGAAGCUGCCAACUAUCAUGUGGAGGAGUUGACUAGAAUGGUCAACAGAAUCCAUCCAUCGUGGGAAUUGAACAGAGACGACGUUACUGUCGUGAUGCGAAACACCAAACUCAUGAACAAACUGAACAAUCUUAGACCGAAACAGAUCGUUCAGUAUUUGCAAAUGCAUAUCUACCUAGCCAACUGCUACCUCUCUACAAUUCCUGAGUCGGCCAUGCCAGAGAAACGUAUUGGCAACAUCGACGUCGAAGAGAUCAAGCGCAAAAAUCCGGGAGUCAAGGGUGUACCAAGGCUGCCAGAUAACAAAGUCAGAGAGGCGUUGAUCAGGGAUAAAUUCAAGUGCGUUAUCACGGGGAUGGCCAACCCCGAGGGAGCUCAUUUGUUUCCUCACUCUGCCUUCAGUAAGGACAACAUUGCUAUGACUCGAUACUGCUGGCGUAUUACCGCAACCUUGAUCGAUGAGCAGUUUUUCAAGAAAUACAAAGAAACUGUCAACGGCAAACAAGGAUUCGAAACACCGGACAAUCUGGUAUCUCUCGCACGGCAUCUCCACACAUGGUUGGACCGCGGCUUCUGGUAUUUCCGGCCUGAGCCUAGAAUAGGUACGACCACCGAUUUGAAGUUCUUCUGGCUCCCAGGGGCCUUCAGUGUAGAGGACAACUUCCCAAAGAAGGUGGAUGAUGUCCGUGCCUACAUCAAGAAGAUGACUGAGGCCCUGAAGACAGCCCAAGAAGAAGGGUUCUUAGCCCGCCAGCCCCUUGAGGGUUCGGGAUGGAUCGGAACCCACCUGGAGAAUGGAAUUCUACUGAAGAGCGGCGACGUCUUUACCGUUUCUCACAGUUCUGACCCUCAAGCGUCAUAUUUCCAUGACAUGGUUCGAAUUGGCUGGGCGUGUUCGUCCAUUCAAAACCAGCGAGGAGUUACAAAGGGGAAGGGCUCGCCAAUCGGCAAGCCUUCUAAAAAACGCCGGGCCCCUGACUCCCCCCAGGAUGACUCUCCUCAAGAUGGCGCAGGCGGAGGAGGCGGAGGAGGCGGAGGGAGCGGAGGAGGCGGAGGAGGCGGAGGAGGCGGAGGAGGCGGAGGAGGCGGCGGCAAAGGAGAGGAAAAGAAAGGGACAAGCACAAUAAGGCAAAUGGCGAAAAAAACGCUGUCGCUUGGCAAAGCCCUCGGGGGUAAGGUUGCCAAGUAG